UCGUUUUUCAACGCAUCUGGUUUUGAUUUUUGACAGUUCCAGAAAAAAAAAAUUAUCUCGGUGCGGAAAAAUUUUCGUUAUCAUCGCCGAAAUUUUGCUUGCAAUUUCUGUACUCUGUUGUGUAAGGAACCAGAUCUGUGUGAUAUUGAAUUAAAUCAGCUUUUGAAACACGGCCAUUCCGUUUGAGGUGAUCGCGAAGUCCGUCAAAAUGCCGACUAUGUGGGAACGCAAUGGCAACGAGAAUGAUUACGAGGUUGGUGAGUGGCUACGCUUUGGUCUCCGGCUCGGGGUGACCACCGCGCUGCACCCGCUCGAAUACGCCAAAGUUCUGAUGCAGAUUGGCUUUGAACCAGUCGCCCCCGUGCCGGGUCGUACAUUGUUCGGAAGGCCGACUAUGGUCCUGCCGAAUGUUUUCCAGUAUGCGGCCUUCAUUAAGGAUGUUGACGGAUUCUACGGUUGUUUUCGGGGGCUGAGUGCAAAGAUCGUCGGCAACUUACUGAGUGCCCACUUCAGCGAAAAGAUCGCCGACGAACUGGAACUGGAAGAUGUUAAGGAUUCGGACACAAAACGUAAAUCCGCAGAUGAUGGUGGGAUCGUAGACAUAGAGGAGGAUCGUCGGCAGCUGGACGAGCAGUUCAAAAAGCAAUUGAAACGCAAUCUCGUGGUACACACCGCCGGAGUUUUCAUUUCGCAGCCAUUCCAUGUGAUUUCCGUUCGCAUGAUGGCUCAAUUUGUCGGCCGGGAGAAAAUCUACACCGGGCUGUGGGCAUCGAUCCGGGAGAUUUGGUCCGAGGAGGGUUUCCACGGUUUCUUCAGCGGUUUAGUGCCGCGAUUGCUGUGCGAUCUAGGUUGUUUGGUAAUCGCCAGCUCAGCGACCUACCUGGCCAGCAGAUACGUGGUCCGCGAGAGGGAAGGACGUAUCUAUUUUUCCAGCAUUUCGCAAUUUAUUGCUUCAAGCCUUUUCUACCCGUACCACGUGGUGUCCACCUGUAUGAUUGUCAAAGGAUCAAGAUUGAAGGCUGGAUGCCUACCCAACAUGGAACAGUACAAAGAUUGGCGUGACUGUUACGGCAAACUAAAGGCAGCUGGACAGCAUAAGCGUGGAAGCUCACUGUUUUUCAGAUAUGUCUCGCGACCACAAGUCCCGAAUAAAGCCAAAGGCGGGUUCGCUCCCUUUCCGGAGCUGAAAUACACGCACUAAGUCAUUCCUUUUGGAUGUUCUACGCAUUUCUGAGUAUAUUGUCUCGAUUAGUCAGUGUUUGGAACGUGGACGAUUCGCCAAAAACAGCCCAACGUAACUGCAGCCUAAGCGAAGAGACCUCCGAAAUUCAUCAGGAACAGAAGGUAUCAUGCUUGUGCAAACUAAAUGGCAGUAUCGUUUGUUUAAUUGUUGCAACUUUGUUUUAACUGUUGUUUUAUGUUUAAAUAGUUUUUGGUAGUUGACAAAACUAACUGCUUGGACAGAAUUGACCAAAAAUUUUCGGAAUAAAUGAUUAGACGUUUGCUGUCGGGGUUGAUUUCAUAUUAAAUAUAUCUUACAUGCAUUUGCUUUGGUCUAAAAUGAUUUUAAUAGAAGAAAUUAAGUUGAGAGAAAUCGUUCUAGUUUAACAAACGUAUUUUCUAAUCUAAUUCUAUGAAUACGUUAAGACGAGUAAUUAAAAUACAAUCCGUUUGAAUUGAA